CAUAGCUCUUUUGAGAAGAAGGUUCUUGUCCAUGGAGCUCAGAUUACCGUCCCUGUCAGCUCUCUUUCUCCUUCUGUCAAUUGCACAGCUUCAACAAACAAUGUGAACUCAACCCUUAAACUAGUUCACAAGUAUGGACCAUGCUCUCAGCUGUUCGAUGGUGGCCCCAUCAACCACACACAGGUUCUUCUCGAAGACAUGGCAAGGGUGAAAUGGAUCCAAUCCAAGAUCUCCAACAGCAUCAGUGGCACCAGUGAUUUGAAGGAGUCCAACGUUAGCCUUCCAGCAAGCAACAGCUCCAACGGUUUCGAAUAUGUGGUGACUAUAGGCCUUGGCACGCCGAAGAAGGACCUGACCCUCGCGUUCGAUACAGGAAGUGCGCUUACUUGGACCCAGUGUGAGCCUUGCAUCUGGUUUUGCUAUAACCAGACCGAGCCAAUCUUCAACCCCUCUCAAUCGUCGUCCUAUGUCAACAUAUCUUGCUCCGCGCCAUCGUGCAUUCAGCUUCCUUCUGGCACAGAUCAGCUAACUGGCUGCAGCGGAUCCACAUGCGUCUACGGGGCAUCAUACGGCGACGCGUCCUUCACGGCUGGGUUCUUUGCCACGGAAACGCUGACCCUAACCCCGACGGAUGUUAUUACCAACUUCGAAUUCGGUUGUGGCGAGAACAACCAAGGGACAUUCGAUGGUUUCGCCGGACUCCUUGGGCUCGCCCGAGACCCAGUAUCGAUCAUAGAGCAAAGCGCGACCCAGUAUGGCCGAUACUUCUCAUACUGCCUUCCUCGUUCAACUAGCGGCACCGGGUACUUGACUUUUGGAAGGGGCACAGUCACAUCUGCCUCGUUGAACUUCACGCCGAUGGUGACAAUCGCACAGUAUCCGCCCUAUUACGGCAUCAACAUAACAGGAAUCAGCGUAGGAGGGAACCCACUUUCCAUACCGUCGACUGUGUUUUCCAAUACCACCGCAAUCAUAGACUCCGGGACCACGUUUACGUAUUUGCCUCCAACUGCAUACACCGCCCUCCAGUCGGCAUUCAAAGAGGCAAUGGCAAACUACACGAGUGCGCCUCCAGCUUUGCCGUUAGACACUUGCUACGACUUCAGUAUGCUUAGUGACAUCACCGUCCCAGCGAUCACGUUCUCUUUCGAUGGGCCAAUUAACGUGGAUUUGGAUGUGAGCGGGAUGUUUUACGUGUUGGAUCCGUCGCUAGUUUGUCUAGCAUUUGUGGCCAACAACGCAGAUACGGAUACAGUCAUCUACGGCAACACACAGCAGAGGACAUUUGAGGUGAUCUAUGAUGUGCCCGGAGGACAAAUUGGGUUUGGUGCCCAGGGCUGUUCCUAAGAUGGCCAUGGUCCCCUCGAGUUGCAUUUGAGUUGUCGGAAGGAGAAGGAAUCAUUCGAGUGUGUGCUUUAGUAGUACUUGGUAGGUUUGAAGAAUAAUAACGAAUGUCGUUCUCCUUGUCACUUCAAGUCGAAACACGCUACGAUCGUGAUUGUGUGAUAUAGUGACUGUUGUGAGUGUUUUGUUUUUCAUUCGAAGGAGAUAAAUGAAACAUCACGUGGAUUUUUACGAUAUC